UCUGAGCCGGCAGGCAGGCAGCAGUCAGUAGAGAGUAUUUGCUCUUCCCUCGCAGUAUCCGUGAUCAUCGACAACAUAGACCUUUCUCUGUUCUUUUACUUUCUGGAUUUUUUUGAGGCUAGAAAUCAGCAGCAGUAGCAGCAUCACCACUGGAAACCAAACAAGCUGCACCACAACACUGGGAGCCUUUUAGAGACCCUUUUUCUCCCCAUCCUUUUUUUUCCUCUGGUUCAGUGUUGUGCUUUCAUGGACUGUGUCUGUACAUUUCUUACUUACGGACUGGAUUGCAGCUCUGGAUUUUACUGAGAGCAGUUUGGACUUUGGCGACAGCAGCAGCAGGAGCAGCCCAGCACAACCACCACUGUAACCUCAGUAGAGAAAAUUACAGUCAGGUAGCCUGUGAUUGCUAAAAGGCGUUUGCUGCCUGUACUGCUUCUGCUAUGUUACAGGAGAGGGUAAUCAGCACGGCUCAGCCACGUCUGCCAGCACACUUGUGAAAGAGGCAGGCUGUGCAUGUCGGUUGGUGGAGAGAGGGAAGAGAGCAAGAGAGAGAAGGGUAUGCUUCACCGUACCAAAUACAACCGCUUCAGGAAUGAGUCAGUAACAUCCGUCGAUGAGCUUCUCCACGGCCUGUCCAUGAACCCCAAGGUCUCGGCCACCCCCCAGUCUGCAGCCGAGACAUCUUACACACCCCCGACUGAGGUCCAGCCCUCCUCCACCACCACUGCUUCCAGCACCCCCACCAGCCACGGCUCUGACCACCUGGAAGAUGGAGGCACCACCCUCUGUACCCUCAUUAACAAGGUGUCCAGCCUGAAAUUCAGCAACUCAGGCAGCUUGCUGGGCAUCAAGGGUCUGCCCUCGGCUGUAAAGGACCUGGCUGUGUCUAAGCUGCAGGGGGGUGGGGGAUCGGGCUCAGGCAGCGCUAGUGGCCCGAGCCCCAGUUCGGCGACAGCAGCAGCAGCGGCAGCAGCCUCUGGUGUGGGCGGCUCUCUGUGCAGCUCAGCCUCCCAUUCAACCCCCUGCUUGCAGCUGGAGCCAGCUGUCAGCAUGAGCAAGAAGAGCAGGCUGGAUGAGCUUCAGCCCAGUGGAGAGGACUGGAAUCCAGGUGGAGGUGGUGGACUAGUGAGCAAACCCUCCAGAGGAUGGCUACAUUCGAGCGAGAAGAUCUCUGGUCCAGGAGUGACAUACAUUGUGAAGUAUCUGGGCUGUAUAGAAGUUCUUCGGUCGAUGAGAUCCCUGGAUUUCACCACAAGGUCACAAAUAACAAGGGAAGCCAUCAGCCUGGUGUGUGAGGCUGUUCCAGGGACCAAAGGAGCUCUACGGAAGAGAAAGCCACCGUCCAAAGCUCUGUCCAGUAUCCUGGGCAAAAGCAACCUGCAGUUUGCUGGCAUGUCCAUCAACCUAAAUAUCUCCACCAGUAGCCUCAACUUGAUGACCCCAGACUGCAAACAGAUCAUAGCUAACCAUCACAUGCAGUCCAUCUCCUUUGCAUCAGGUGGAGACCCUGACACGACAGAUUACGUUGCCUAUGUAGCAAAGGAUCCUGUUAACAGAAGAGCAUGUCACAUCCUGGAGUGCUCUGAUGGUCUCGCCCAGGAUGUCAUCAGUACCAUUGGCCAGGCCUUUGACCUUCGCUUCCAGCAGUACCUGCAAUGUCCCUCAAGCAAGCUGUCCUCCACACAUGACAGGGUAUUAAACAUGGAGGAGUUACAAUGGACAGAGGAAGAGGAGGAGUCAGCAGAACAUCCGUACUAUAACAACAUCCCCGGCAAGAUGCCACCCCCUGGAGGCUUCAUUGACACCCGGCUGACCAAUCAGAAUGCAGCACCUGAUGGAUGCCAGAUGGGCCCAGGUUCAGUAGAUCAGACAUAUUACCAAGGGCGGCACUGUGGAGAAAACUGGGGAGAUGAAAGAAAGCCCAUAUUCAUACAACAGGGAUCGUUUGAUAUAAGCAGUCUGCCUGAGAGUAAAGGUCAAGGACCAAAAACGGCAGAGAUGCCCACGUAUGUGAACACCCAGCAGAUUGAUGCCCAGGUGCUCGCAGCCCUCCAGGCAGAGGCAGAAAAUGUGACAAAGGGCAUGGCAGCUGCAGCCAAAGAGAGCCCACAGAAGGACCUGUUUGACAUGAAGCCCUUCGAGGAUGCUAUUCAGUCUCAGUCCCACCCACCGUCCCAGGGGCAAGCCCAGUCCCAGGUGUCUAGUCUGCACAAGGCAGCAUCUGUGGACAACUCGAGCCCUCUUCUUGUGCGCUCACUGGCCUUCCGGGCGCAGGAGGAGCUGGAGGACCAGACGUGGUACCAUGGCAAAAUGAGUCGUCGCGACGCUGAAAAACUGCUGAAAGACGACGGGGACUUCCUGGUCCGCAAGAGCACUACUAACCCAGGGUCCUACGUACUGACAGGCAUGCAUAAUGGGCUUGCCAAACACCUACUGCUGGUGGACCCUGAGGGCACGGUACGGACAAAAGAUCAUGUAUUUGACAGCAUUAGCCACCUUAUUGGCCAUCACCGUGACAACAAUCUGCCGAUUGUGUCAGCUGGGAGUGAACUGUGUCUCCUACAGCCCGUUGGAAGGAAACAGUGAUGCUUGCAAUGCCUGAUGGGAGAUAGGAAGCUCUGAACAGUAUCUACUACCAUCCUGAAACUUGAAGAUGAAAUAUGAGGAGAAGAUGCUGAAAGGCUCUAUGCGCUGACCAGAUUUUUGGGAAAAUUGGCCCACAGUUACUUUACUGGAGGCAUUGGAAGACGCAAGAUUUGUUUAAGAUAAAAAAUUAUUUAUAGAACUGUUAUUAUUUUGUUGUGAUGACUGAGAUGCUAUAUUUUUGAGAAGACAUAGGUGCAUUUGGACAUACUAUCUUGAUUUGGUGUUUUAAAAGAUUAAAAAAAAGACAGUUGUUCUUGUAGUUUAGAUGAAGUGCAAAUCAAACCUCAAAGAGGUGUUAACAAGAGUAUUUUAGAAUAAAAAUCUGAAAUUUUAGUUUUGUCUGUCAAGCACAACCAUAUUUCUACAGGAACCGUUGGCUAAGAGGUCGGAAACAAAAACAGUUUGGACAACAAAUGCUAUUUAUAAUGAAUUACUUUAGGAAAAAAAAAAGUCCUUUAAUCUCACCAAUAGCGUGACAGCUCACACAAUUAGUCACUAUACAAAAUCUGCUUAUAUCGGGGAUUAGAACUGAAUGUGUUUUGCUUUGCAGUAGUCACAAAGUGUUGGGGUGCAAACAGACAUCCUUCAUAGUGCUGUUAAUGGCUUUAAAGAUAACCUUUUUUUUAUAAAGUAUUUUCUUGUGUCACAGUCGCAUGACUUAAAAUCAACUGUUCUUGUGGACAUUGUUCGUAGACCUUGAUACCCCUUUAUUUGAAAGAGGUGCUUGUGUAUGCUGACACUGUAAAAAUAUUUAUGCUUUUCAACCAGGGAUUAUUUCUGAAUUGGUUUUCUCUGGAUUCUUCUUUUAGGUGUGUAGUCAAUGAUUAGUUUUCAGGGCUUGAGUCACGCAAUGGAUAUUCUCACAUUCUUAAUUAACAUUUUCUGCUUUUUUGUGAACUUUUAAAAGAUAUCAUUAUUAUUGUUUAUUUGAUCACAAACGAAUAGCACAAUCAGAAAGUUAGAUCACUUAGAUCAUCUGUGUCAGUUGUACCGAGACGAAUUACCAAUGUGUUGAGACGUAAUUUACACUUUUUACUUAUGAGGCUUAAUUAGAUAAAUUUACGCACCAUGUGCACUCAAUACAGAAUGUUUGAUAUUUGGUCACCUUCACUUAUUGAUGUUAAACAAAGAUCUUAUUUCUCAGUGUUGAGAUCUUAUGGCAGUAUUACUUUAUCGCCACUAGAUGUCAUCACAGAAAUACUUGUUUAUCCCCAUCAGUCACACUCACUUCCCUUACUUUAUCUCUUAUUUUUAGCAAAGGAUGCUAUCUGGUUGUGUAUUGCUUGAAGUGCUACAGUACACGGGAAAAUCCAACUCUAAGAACCGAGUUUUCAGCCAUUAUUCCUUGACAGGUCAUAGUUAAUUUGCAUUUUGCAGUCCACUGUACGCAAUCGUUCCUCAGAACAGUUUAUGGUAUUUAGGUUAUACAGACUGUUUUUGUAGAGUGGGAAUCCAAAUUUUGAAAAGGCUUAUAGGAAUAGUACACAGCAGUUCUGGCAACAGACUUUUUAAAUGCUCUAAUCCUUACUAUUAUCAGUACUCUGAUGGAUACCAAAUGAAUGGGGCAUUGUAUUUGAUAUGCACUGGACCACUUCAAUUGAACCAAAAUCAGCAUGUGUUCAAUGAGUUUGACAGAUGACAGAUGCAAUGUAAUAUAACGUGCCUGUAUUUUGCUGCAAAAGGGAGUGUACAGUACACGCAUCUCACAACAACACAUCAUUAGCAAAGAGCGGGAUUGGGAUCUUUAUUUUAAAAAAAUCACUAGAUCCAUUUUGGUUAAAGUCAAUUAAGACUUUCCCUGAUUCCUUGUGUCCCAUGACCCAGGUUGCUUCUCAGGAUUCCUUUGAGAAGAACGCAUGAGAGAAAGAGCCUAAUAUGUUGGUAUUUUUUUAGGUAAACAUGAGAAGAAAGGGAGCAAAGAACCAUUGAGGAGUUUUAUUUUGACUGUUAUCUGCCAUUAACUUUUAAUUUGGUUUAGAUUUUAAUUCUUUGUGACAUUGAUUUUUCAUCAGAUCGAUUAUCUUGGUAGAUGGAAUAAUGCGCUAAAUUUUUAAAAAGCACUAUGCUAAUGUAAAGAAUUAUUUUGAGAUCCGUGUUUGUUUCUAAAAAGCAAAUUUGUAGAAUCACCUUGGCAAAAUGUGCAGAAGUUUUGAACAAAGCGUAUAUACAGCAGGAACAACUCCAUACUUGAACCUCUCUGAUAACACGAUGAUAA